AUGGGGAGGACUUUGGAUCCUUCGAAACAUCGUCACCCAACUGGGCUGAGUGCAUUCAUUCUCUCAGGAAAAACUAGUUCCCCACAGCAAAGAACUGGGAACGGCAGCAAGAGAUACUUGGCUGCUGGCAGAGCAAGCACGAAUUCAAUAACUUCAGCAGGCCCCACGGCCAAUUCCGUGUUUGUGGUGGCACCCCAGGGUUAUCCUGUGAUCCCGGGAGUCACGUCGCAGGUGACCCUAUAUCCAAACAACCAGCCCCAAAUCCACCCAAUUCCUGGGAACCCUUCUGGUUUGGUAUCGAAUGUGAAUGAGCAGCCUGCCCAGAAAGGCUCGACAGAAGGCAAAGCCUUAGGGUUUAUCAUUUCAAGAUCCCUCUCGGUGGCAGCAGAAAAUUAGCCAAAAUCUUCUUGCCUGGUGUCUCGCGGCUGCGCACUUCCGCAGCCUACAGGUCUCGCGGCUGCGCACUUCCGCUGCCCACAGGUCUCGCAGCUGCGCACUUCCGCUGCUCCCCAGUCUCACGGCUGCGCACUUCGACGGCCGACGGGUCUGCUGUCGGCACAGCAACUGGAGUCCCUGGUUCCUCAGCACGUGGAAAGAUGCCCCAAAAGCGUGGAGACGUCAGGGGCCUUCAUGGUGAGCGUGGUCUACCCAGAUGUCUAUACAACAAACCCAGUGUUCAUCCCAGAACCAGCGAACUCACCACCGCCACGAAUUUCUGCCAGGCUGCAGAAACCCACAGAGCCUAAAGAAAGAGUAUCCGAAGGCUUGCCAGGACUGCAAGCAUGUCCCAAGGACAUGGACCACAAGGGAGGCAAGAAGCUUAUUUGGUAUGGUACCAUGCAGUUGUGCUCCAUGACCGAGCAGGCGGUUCGAGCCAACAAUGUGCCUGGCAUCAUUGCCCCCGGUAAUGUCCAUGUCAUCCAGUCCAGGGACCCUGUGGCCUCUGAAAGCCACAAGCAGCCUUCGGGGGUGCCCACUUACCCAACCUCAUCAACCUUUAUUGUAUCUGGAUCCCUCUCCAUAGUGGCUAAAAAGGACAACAGCACUUGCAUGGUGAAUGGCAGCAUCACCACGAACAUUGUCAGUGCGGUCCUCUCCCUGGUCGGGAUCCUCCUUAUCAUUACAGAUCUCACUCGCUCCCCGAUGGACGUGAGCAUCCGACUGCCAGGGCCCCAUGCUUCCAAAGGACUUAUGAGCCAGGACGCCAAUGAGUCCUGGGCUGCUUCCCGGCCCCCUCCUGGGGCCAGACAGGCAGGCGGAGGCUCAGAGCCAGGAGGGACCCGAGAACUUCCCAGAGGCGGCAGCUCGCAAGCAGAGUGGAUUUCCAAGCCCCACGCGAACAGCGAGGCUUUCACCUGA